AUGCAUGCACAGGCAGAACAUGUAAACUCCACGCAGGCGGGUCCGGGAUUGAAUCCGGGACUUCAGAACUCUGAGGCCAACACUUUCCAGCUACCCCACCGUGCACCCCUCACUGCCAUUUCCUUUCUUAAAAAAAAAUAUUAAAUCAACAAAUAAAUCUAACCAACACUGAAAGUGCAUUCUGUUUGAUAACAUUAUGCAUUGGAAGUGUUUACAUUAAACCGAAAAAAAAAAUUCCCUCAAUACGUGUAAAGUGACUCCUAUGCCCCCGCAUACAAGUUGAAACUCCAAAUUUCGCGAUCUUUUUGAUGACAGCGGAACUCUAAAGGAUUGUCUUGUUUCACGUCGGUGUAUGUACUCGACAGUACAAAAAGGAAUAGAGGAGCAACUGCGGCUGGAGCUCAUGUUUCAUUAGCCGAAAGGCUUUUUUUUUUAAUGUUGUUGUUGUUUUGCCUACUUUGUUACAAGCUGCUGUAUUCACAACUGUUUAAGCUACUUUUAUGACUGUAAUGGAUGCCUUUACGUUAGAAAAAUAAACAGCAAUAGCUAAACCUGCCUUAUCAGCCGGCAAAAUUAAUUUUAAUGUUGGAAUUUUGUCUUCAAUGAAGUGACGUCUGUUUUGACUGCCUCUACCCGGAAUUGAAGUGUCUCGUCGACCCACCACCUGAAAGCAGCCACGACAUGUACACAUCUUUGCAUGGAAUUUGAACGUGCAUUCCUAAAAGUUCACCUGUUAGCACCAACUGUUGGCCCCCUGGCUCAAUAUGGAGGCCACUGGAGCAUCCACAGAUGUUCUUCUGCAGAAACCUUGGCUUCCUGUUGCCAUUGAUAGCUGCCAACUGCUUGCCAAGUGUUUCUUUGGGGAGACAAGGUACCACAUCCUGUUGACUGACCUGCACUGCGUGUGGGAGGAGACUUUGCACUCGACAGGCAUCCAGACCCGUGCUCAGGAGCUGAACAAGCGUCUGCAAGCCCCAGUCAAAGCAUUCUUCUCGCACCUGUGCGAGGUGGUUCAGCCGUGUUUGUCUGCCAGUGAUGUGCCUCCCAAAGGUGAAGCUGCGAUCUCUGUGAUGCAACUGGAUGCCGGUGACUUGAUUUUGAGGCUGAAGAGCAAGCUAGCAGGGCUUCCCUUCUAUUGGGAGUUUCGCUGCACCCCUGCUCCCGUCACUGUGGUGUGUCUUCAUCUGGUACAGCCCUUGCUGUCCAUGAGCCACGUGCUGAACCGCCAGGUGGAGCAGCUGGGAGACUUGGUGAGCAGGAAGGAUGCUGAGAUCCAGGACUACAAGGAGAAUGGAGCCACACUCAGCAGAGCACGCCUGCAGACGGACAUUUUUGAGCGGCACAUUUACAAAGACAGCUUCCUGGAAAAGACUCUUCCUGUGGUUUGCUCUGACCAUCAUGGGAUCUGGGACUUUGGAGGAGACCUCCAGGAGCUUUACACUGCCAUUGUUUCACACAGAAUCACACGCAAACACAAGCUGUCUGAGCAGGACCAGUUGGUUACCACAGACCCUGACCCAACAGCUUCCUCAGGCGCUGAAGCCGGUGCCGAGGGUGGAAAAGCUGACAGUGAGUCGAACCACAUAAGUCCAGUGGAGGAAGUUGGAGACCACAUGGUCCACACCGCCAAGGCACCGCAGCUCGUUGCCUGUGAUCGUGCUGAGCGAGCGUCUUCCAAAGCAAAGAAGAAGAAAGUGGUGGGCUUGUUCAGAUGAGCGGCAGGAGAGGAAAAUGCCAUUUUAAAUGCAUGGACAAUUUAAAUGAAAUGCUUUUAGAUAGAUUUUAAAACUUUUAGACUCAAUCCAUGAUUUUAAUGAUUUUUAUCGUGGGAGCUUGGGCUUUUAUCUGUAAAUGCGUUUUUAAAAUAAAUUAUUCUAUUGAACUAUA